UCAUUUUCCAAUUGCGAAGUGAUCGGUGUUAAACGGCGUUAUCUCCCUUCAGUGCAUGAGCAGGCUACUUCAUCUGGGGCAAUGGAUCCGCCUCUAACGAGCGCCUCCGACUUACUGUACGGUAACUCAUUUGGCAGGAGUGUGUUCGCCUGAAAGGAGCAGCGGGCAUGGUGAUUGCUCACCUUUGAGGUGUCGGAGAUGGACGCGGGAGCAGGCGAGGAGGAGGUGGAGCGGGUGUGGUCGCUGCUGUCAUGGGGAGCCUCCUGCGUGAUGGUGUUUGGGGGGGUGCUGCCUUAUGUUCCCCAGUACCAGGAGAUCCAGAGGACCAGCAACACUGACGGCUUUUCCACACGAGUCUGUCUGGUCCUGCUGCUGGCCAACAUCCUCAGAAUCUUCUUCUGGAUUGGCAGGCAGUUUGAGCUGACUCUCCUACUUCAGAGUGUGGUGAUGAUUCUCACCAUGUUGGCGAUGCUGCACCUGUGCUGCUCUGUCCAGAACUCCAGCCGGGUCGCCACCAAACAGCACCACAUUACAGAUCUGGACCUACGAUAUUUCUGGUGCUGGAGCGGCUUUGAAGACUACCUGCUUUUCUGUUUUGCCUUCACCAUGAUGUGUGCCUUCGUCACCUUCCUGUUGCUCGACUCUACGCUGUUUGUGGAGACACUUGGCUCAUUGGCAGUCCUUUUUGAGGCCAUGCUUGGCCUUCCACAGCUGCUGCAGAACUUUCAGAACCAAUCCACAAGGGGCAUGAGUGUGAAGAUGGUGCUGCUGUGGCUGGCAGGGGAUGCCUUCAAGACGACAUACUUUGUGGUGAAUGAGAGCCCCGCCCAGUUCUGGAUAUGUGGGGCUGCCCAGAUCCUUGUGGACGUGGCCAUCCUGCUGCAGGUGUUCUACUAUGGCCAGGAGACCAGGGCCAAGCUUGGCUGACCACACCCGCAGUGGCCAUGCCCAGAUGUCUGUGUCCUGCACCACUGUGUCGUAAUCAGCAGCUUGUUCACAAUCUGCCCUCGGUGGUGUAUUUUAAAUGAAACGCGUUUUGGGGGAUUCUCUGAGCCCCAGUGGAAUAGGUGCUGCAGGGAGAGUCCCACUUUCAGCAGCAGCUUCAGGGUCACUACAAUUAAAGAAAGUAAAUCACCUGUCAAUCACAGAGAAUAAAUCACCUGUCAAUCACUAUCAGACAAUACAUCACCUGUCGUUCAGUCAGAGAGUAAGUCCAGUAUAGACCACUGAUGUGUAGUUGCUGUUUAGACUUUGGCUGCUGGUAAAAUCUUUCUAUUUUAUAAUUUUAUAACUAUGUUACUUCUGCCAAACAUACAUAACGUGAGGCUGUUACAUUUAAAUAACAAAGGGGUUUCAUUGUACAUAUUUUGAGACUCAAUUCACAUUACAGCUCAUUUUUGAUUAUCAGUUCUAUCAGUCUUUUAUUAGACAUAAAAAGCUUUGCCAGGAUGUUUUCCAGCUAUAAGUGAUGCCUCAUUCCCAAUGGUACUGUACAAAUGGUCUGUUUCUGUUACAUUUUUAUAUCACAUUUUCCAUAAUUUAGCAGAUGUUCUUAUCAAGAGUCACUUGCAAAGUUAAACAAUAGUGGAACAAGAUAAUUUGCAAAUACCACAGUGAAAAGGAUACUGUAUUAAAUAUUCCUCUAUUUUAUGUAAUUUUUGCUGGCCAUAUUUUUCAUGCCUCUAACAUGCCAUGAAUCACAUCAAUGGUAAAUGAACUCAAAUAUAACUCAUCAGGAAUGAAACAGAUUACCUGGGGUAGAAGUUAAGGUGUAAUAGUAAAAUGUCAUGGUUA